GAUGGUCACACUACGCCUGCCAAUUUCAGCUGUUCAACAACAACAGCACGCGCAGCAGCUGCAGCAACAACAAAGCAACUAGAUUGUAAUCAAGCUGUUAACAGUUAUUAGCGAGCUACCAAAAAAAGAAUUGCCGCAGUUCCAAUGCGCCCAACGAACGGUAAACAGCAUUCCAAGGAGACACCAUAGAAAGAGACAGAAAACGGUGAAGGUCGCGCGGUGCGAACAGAAUGCGAAGAGCGAGCGCAGGCGAGAGGGAGACAGAACGAGAUAAUUGAUUCGCAGCGACACGACACGAAAACAAAACAAAUCGAGAUCCGUCUCCAAACCGGAUUAGCCAGCAUCUGCAUCUCGAAUCCCCCGCGGCCUAGAAUAGCACCCAUUGCGGAGACAUGGCUUUUAAUCUGAAGGCCCUUCUGGGCAUGCUGUUCGUGUUUAUCGGAUGCUGCAGCAACGUGGUCUUCCUGGAGCUGAUCAUCCAGAUCGACCCGGGAGCCGGAAACCUGAUCACCUUCGCCCAGUUCCUGUUCAUCGCGCUAGAGGGACUCGUCUUCACAUCCAAGUUCUUUACGGUGCGUCCGAAGAUCGGGCUCAAGGACUAUGUCAUACUCGUGGCCCUGUUCUUUGGGGCGAAUGUGUGCAACAACUAUGCGUUCAACUUUAAUAUCCCCAUGCCGCUGCACAUGAUCUUCCGCAGCGGAUCGCUGAUGGCCAACAUGAUCAUGGGCAUUGUGCUGCUGAAGAAGCGCUACAACCUGCGGCAGUACAGCUCGGUGGCCAUGAUAACGGCGGGCAUUAUACUGUGCACUCUGGUUUCCAGCGGCGACGUCAAGGAUAAUACGCAUCACAGCCUCAAAGUGGAAACCUCCUACUCGGACUUCUUCUGGUGGUCGGUGGGCAUUGCUCUGCUGACGGUCGCCCUACUGGUCACCGCCUACAUGGGCAUCUACCAAGAGGUGAUCUACAAGAAGUACGGCAAGCACCCCAGUGAGGCGCUGUUCUUCACGCACAUGCUGCCCCUUCCCGGAUUCCUGAUAAUGGCGGGGAACAUAGUCCAGCACUUCGGCAUUGCGUGGUCAUCGGAGCCGGUGGCUGUGCCCCUGCUAGGAGCCAUCGGGCUGGAGUGGAAGUUCCCGCUGAUGUUGUUCUAUCUGCUCUGCAACGUCGUCACCCAGUACGUUUGCAUCAGCGCCGUCUACGUCCUGACCACCGAGUGCGCCUCGCUGACCGUCACCCUGGUGGUCACCCUGCGCAAGUUCGUUUCGCUGCUGUUCUCCAUCAUCUACUUCCGGAAUCCCUUCACCCUGAACCACUGGGUGGGCACCAUUCUGGUCUUCUUCGGCACCAUACUCUUUGCCAAUGUGAUCAACCAGGUGAAGGAUGCCUAUCGGGCCAGAUCGAGCGGGAAGGGCCGUUUCGACACGGCUCCGCUGGCCAAGAAAGUGGAGUAAUCUCCGGGGGCUGUGUUGGAUCCUGCUGCAGAGGCCAUUAACUAUUAACUUAUAGUCCUAGCGCCUUGUUUGUACAUAGAAUACGCUUAGUGUGUAGUCGCCUCAUUGUCUGGUUUGUAACUCUUGUCUUUCUACCUUUUUAAUGUUCUUUUUUUAUAAAUAAUUGUCCACAAGUUUGUAAAAUACGACGUUUCGUUGACCUUAAAAUAAACUCUUUAACUUUGGAAA